GGCAGGGGGAAGAUGGCGGUGUCUCUGCUGAGGGGCGGAGGUGGCGCUUGCCGCUCGCUCUUCUAACCGCCGACUUUGUAAGCAUCCAAUCUCAUUCCCAACUCCCGCCUCUCACCAGCCCGGGUCUCAGCAAGGCCUCGCUGAGGUCCCCCCCAGCUCUUCAUAUCCCCUCUCCCAUCGGGUUAAUCGUUUGUCCAGUGUAGGCAAUGUCCUGGCUAUUCGGCAGCAGCAGCAGCACACAAUUAUUAGCGGCUUAAACUCCAACCGCCCUUUGAAUAUAACUUAUUGCUUUGUAAGGUGUCCUCAGAGUGAUGGACGUCAACAUAGUCCCCAGGGGAGGGCGGUGAGUUGCUGCUAAUGACUGACAGUCUGUGCAAAGAGACGUAGAUAAGACAGCAGUGAUGUGACACAGGAAAUUUAUUUUCAGCUGUAGCUGUGAAGAAACUAUGGGCUAAACUUGUGUAAACCCAUUGGCAAGAUGGGCACGGCGUCUUCGCUGAUUGGCCCAAAUGAAGUAAUUGAAGACACAGAUGGUGGUGGAGGGGAGGCUUGCGAGAUUCCAGUGGAAGUCAAACCCAAGGCCAGACUGUUGCGUAGCUCCUUCAGACGGGGUCCACGUGUAAUUGGCGCAAGCUUUAAAUCAACAGCUUCAGUUGACCUUGAAUAUACUGCAGAAUACGAGCGACUAAGGAAGGAAUAUGAAAUUUUUCGUGUCAGUAAAAAUAAUGAGAUUGCCUCCAUGCAGAAAAAGGAAACCAAACUUGACAAAGAAAACAAAAGAUUGAGGGCGGAGCUUCAGGCUCUCCAGAAAACCUACCAGAAGAUACUUCGAGAAAAGGAAAGUGCCCUUGAGGCAAAAUACCAGGCCAUGGAGAGAGCUGCUACAUUUGAGCAUGACAGGGAUAAAGUAAAAAGGCAGUUUAAGAUUUUCAGGGAAACCAAGGAAAAGGAGAUUCAAGACCUAUUACGUGCUAAACGUGAGCUAGAAGCCAAACUUCAGAGACUGCAGGCUCAGGGGAUUCAAGUGUUUGAUCCAGCAGACUCCGACUCAGAUGACAACCAUACUGAUGUCACAGCUACAGGCACUCAGUGUGAAUACUGGAGUGGUGGGGUCCUGGGAAGUGAGCCGUCUUUGGGCAGCAUGAUACAACUUCAGCAGACAUUCCGAGGUCCAGAGUUUGCACAAAGUUCAAUAGAUGUCGAAGGACCUUUUGCCAAUGUUAAUCGAGAUGACUGGGAUGCUGCUGUGGCCAGCUUGCUGCAGGUCACACCGUUUCUUCCUCCGACUCUUUGGAGCAAUACAGUGCGCUGUUAUCUUAUGAAUACUGCAGACACGCAGCCAGAAGUGGACUUGCUUCUCCGAGAGUACUUACCGAAGCUGCAAAUGACGUGUGAGUGCCUUGGGCACUUUUUCCUUAUAGUACGAUUCCCAGUGGAGUGUUCAAAUCAGUACAUAGCAGAGAGGAGGCGAGAGAUUGAGAAAAGCUCCUUGUGUAUUUUCCUUCUAGGUUCUACUUUGCCUCGGUGUAUGGAAGAAGACUGUGAAGAAAGUUUCCUGAAGAAUGGUGAGACCAGAUCUUUGAUAAUAUACCACAGAUUGGAGGAGAGCAGUGACAGUUCCGAUUUAGCAAUCCACAUGAUUGACAGAGUAUCUGAUGCAAACCACUCCCAGAAAGCAAAGAUCGUUGAGCAUGAUGGAAGUGCAGAGGAGGGAGCAAAAAAAGUUUUUUCCCAAAUAGAAAGGAUCAUUAAACAGGAAUUGCUGGGUUGGGACAGCACAGAUCUUGACAACAAAGAUUCUGGAAUUGAGGAUGAUUCCACCAACUGGGAAGAGGAGGACUUUGGAGAUGCAAUAUGGGAUAUGCAUGAUGAGCAGGAACAGUUGGAAGCUUUUCAAGCAGCAGUUGGAUCAACCUGUGAAUUGGGAUUUGAGAAGUAUUAUGACCGGCUGAAUGAUUUGGUGACAGCUCCUGCACCUAUACCUCCGCUUCUCGUGUCAGGUGGUCCAGGGUCUGGCAAAUCUCUCUUGUUAUCUAAAUGGAUUGAACACCAGCAAAAGUGUUCCCCAAAUGCCUUAAUUUUAUAUCACUUUGUGGGAAGGCCUCUGUCUACCAGCUCUGAGCCAGCACUAAUAAUAAAACGACUCACUGUAAAGCUGUUACAGCAUUCGUGGUCCAUGUCUGCCCUAGCACUGGAUCCAAAUAAGCUACUGGAAGAGUUUCCUCGAUGGCUGGAGAAACUAUCUGCACGUCACCAAGGUAGUAUCAUCAUAAUCAUCGACUCCAUCGAUCAGAUUGAGCAAUCUGAACGGCACAUGAAAUGGUUGAUUGAUCCACUGCCUGUCAACGUGAGGGUAAUUGUUUCUGUAAAUGUGGAAACUUGCCCCCAAGCAUGGAGGUUGUGGCCAACACUACAUCUUGAUCCACUGAGCCCAAAGGAUGUCAAGACUCUGAUUAAUGUGGAAUGUUGCAAAGCUGAUAUGAAAUUGACAAGGGAACAGGAGAAGAAGCUGGAGAAACAUUGCAGAUCUGCGACAACAUGCAAUGCACUAUAUGUUACACUUCUGGGCAAAAUGAUCACAAGUGUCAAAGGCCUGGGAGGUAUCGACGAUAUUCUGCAGCAGUGUUUUCAGUGUCAGGAUACGGUGUCUUUAUACAGGCUUGUACUACAAUCUGUACAACAAUCUCUGCCGACUGAUGGGGACAGACAGCUGAUGAGAGAGAUUCUCUGUUUAGUCCACGUAAGUCACAAUGGUGUGAGUGAAGGCGAACUGUUGGAGAUUUGCCCAGAACUUUCCUGGCCUGUGUUAGCCUCUCUUCUUUAUAGCUUGCAGUGCACAUGUGUGAUAACAUACAGCUGUGGACUGCUGAAGUUUCAGCAUCUCCAGGCUUGGGAAGCAGUGAGAUUGCAGUAUGUGGAGAAGGCAGAAAACAAUACUAUCACAAUGUACAGAGAAAAACUUGUGCAAUAUUUUUCACAGCAAAUGAGUCAGGACAGAGUAACCUGGCGUGGUGCUGAUGAACUUCCCUGGCUCUUCCAGCAACAGGGAGACAAACAGAAACUACACAACUGCCUCCUGAAUCUCUUUGUCUCUCAGAACCUGUACAAGAGGGGCCAUUUUGCAGAGCUGCUUUAUUACUGGCAACAUGUAGGAAUGGAUAAAAGUUCCAUGGCUGCUGCUUACUUUGAGUCUUUAAAACAGUAUGAGAAAAACUGUGAGGGAGAAGAUAUGAUCACACGGUUGGCAGAUCUCUAUGAAACCCUAGGACGUUUUUUGAAAGACUUGGGCCUACUGAGUCAGGCUGUUGCACCCUUGCAGCGUUCUCUGGAGAUCCGAGAGAGUGCGUUGGAUCCAGAUCACCCCAGCGUGGCUCAGUCCUUGCACCAGCUAGCUGGUGUGUAUGUGCAGUGGAAGAAGUUUGGAAAUGCAGAGCAGUUGUACAAGCAGGCACUAGAAAUUAGUGAAAAUGCCCACGGCUCGGUGCAUCCCAGGGUUGCUCAGGAGCUAGAUGCUCUAGCAAUGCUUUAUCAAAAGCAAAAUAAGUACGAGCAAGUGGAGCCACUAAGGAAACGGUCCAUGAAGAUCAGACAGAAGGUUUCCAGGCAGAAAGGAAACAUGCAUGGUUUUGCUGUUCUUCGUCGUCGGGUUCUGCAGUUGGAGGAGCUUACCCUUGGAACUGAGUCAGCGGACACUGCUCGGAUACUGAAUGAACUGGGAGUUCUCUACUAUCUUCAAAAUAACAUUGAGACAGCAGAAAUCUUCUUUAAACGUUCAUUGGAAAUGAGGGAACGGACUCUUGGUUGUGACCACCCUGAUUGUGCACAGUCCUUGAAUAACCUGGCGGCUUUGUAUAAUGAGAAGAAAGAGCAUGAGAAAGCUGAGGAGCUGUACGAGAGGGCACUGGACAUUCGCCGUGUGGCCCUGGCACCUGAUCAUCCCUCUGUGGCUUACACCGUCAAACACCUGGCAGUGUUGUACAAAAAGAGAGGAAAAUUGGACAAGGCUGUUCCUUUAUGUCAACUGGCAGUUGAAAUUCGUCAGAAAUCCUUUGGCCCAAAGCACCCGAGCGUGGCAACUGCCCUGGUGAAUUUGGCUGUGCUGUACUGUCAGUUGAAAAAGCACACUGAAGCUUUACCACUAUACGAACGUGCUCUGAAGAUCUAUGAGGACAGCCUGGGUCGUUGCCAUCCCAGAGUGGGAGAGACACUAAAGAAUUUAGCAGUGCUAAGUUAUGAGGAGGCCAACUUUGAAAAGGCAGCUGAGCUGUACAAGAGAGCAAUGGAUAUUAAGGAAGCUGAGGCCUCGGUGGUCGGUGGAAAAGCUCUUUCAAAGCAUUCAUCUACUGGAGACACUUUCAGUUUAAGAAAUGCUCUGGGUCCUAAUCCCUACCUGGAAUUGGGACACAGGUGACUUGCAGAUAGGAACGGACAGCAGAGAAGUUGGAGGUGUGAAACCUUAUCGGGACAAAGUGUCAAUUUUAUUUUUGUUUUUACAGCUGCUCCGAGUACAGUAUGCCAUGUCAAGUCUAAAAGGGAAUUAUGUUUAAAGUUUAAAAUCGAAAUUUUCUGGUAGCUUUUAACCUGCAGAAAUUCAUCAGAAUGAAAAAUGAAAGUCAAGCAAUAUUACUUGUAGCACAUUGGAGAGAAGGAAAAGUCUGGAUCACGUAAUCCAACUCUUGUCUUGAACUGCAGAACAUACUUGUAUAUGAAGGAUUCGCUAUCAAACAAAAACAAUGCUUGUGAAAAGAAACAACAUUUUGUGAGCACCUUUUGAAGUUUGCACCAGUGUUGAUUUUGUAUAUCAGUGUUUUAAUGUUAGCCUAAAUCGAACAAUAUGAAAUACCCUUCUUUCUUUGAAAGGAAAAUAACAUUUUUGAAGGAAACUUCAACUGCCUGAAAUCUCCCUGAAGUAGGCUGUACAAAAGGACCUGGAUGUAUAUUUAUUUAUGCUUGAAAUGCUGUCAGAGCAGAUUCUUUAUAUUCUUGGAAAUGCAAUAGAGAAUCAACGCUAGUGCUAGUUUCAGCAGUGUGCUUGGUACCUCAAUGUUAAAUACAGUACUUAAACAUUUGGUUCUCUCACCCGUUUUGCCACUGAAACCCUCCUCCUACACCUUUGUCACCUCAUUCAAUUUUUCCAGUGCACUCCUCCCAAAUCCAAUCCUCCACUAACUUCAACUCAUCCAAAAUUACCCCACCACACCUAUCCCACAAAAUAGUAUGUUUACCUAUCAACACCAUCUUUGUUGACCUCCCAUUCUCUCAGUCCUUCUGCACACUGUCUUCAGAAUUCUCCAUCUUGUCUCUCAUUCAGUCCAUGGCCUCAUUCCUCUACCUGAAUCCCAGCUCGUAUUCUCUACUCUUCAACUCUGGUCUGCCGGGUGAUGUACUCUUGGCGUUGCACGCAAGGGACGGCACCUCUGGUUUGCACACCAGUAGAACACUGAGGUAGGGAGCUUUAUUUUGAUAUCAAAAUAAUGCGGACUGACGUUAUACAGACAACCCUCUUAUUUUUCUGACAAUUUGCUGAAGAAUUGCAAGGCAAUAGAGGUCAAUGAGGAUAGGGUUAAUAGGUAAACUUGGAAAUUCAUGGAAAGUAUUGUUAAUACUGAGGACUGCAAUAAACGACUGUUAAUAGAUGUGUAAUUAGGAAAUUAAUUUCAAUAAGCAUGAGGUGGUACAUUUUGGUAGGAAGAAUGGAGAGAGUAUAUAACCCUUGGAAAAUGAGCUGCAGGAUAGAGGCACAAAGGGUUCUCAGGGCACGAUUCUCAAAUUAUUAGAUGGAGCAGCACAGGUUAAUAAGGCCUAAAGAUUGCAAAGCACUGAGGGGUUUGUUUCUAGAGGGACAGCACUGAAAAGCAGAAAAGAUAUGUUAAAUUUUUUUGAACCUUUGUUAGACCACAAGAGGAAUAACGAGAACAUUUUUGGUCUCCAUGUAACAAAAAGGACAUAGAGGCACUCGCUGGAGGUGCAAAAAAAAAAGGAUUUACAAGGAUGACCAGAUUUGAGGGUUUAUUACUUAUCUGGAAAGACCACAGACUGGGGCUCUUUUCUCUAGUAGAAAGAAAGCUGAGGUGAUCUGACAUGGGACUAUGGAGUUUGAUAGGGCAGAGGGAAUUUCCACUUGUGGGAAUGUCUAAAACUUGGGUCCAUAAAUCUAAGUCACUAAGAAAUCCAGGAGAAACAUCUUUAUUCAGAGAGUGGCUAGAAUGUGAAAUUAGCUACAACAUAGAGUGGUAAAGGUGAAUAGCAUGGAUACCUUUGAAGGGAAGCUAGAUAAAGUUUGAGGAAGAAAGGAGUGGAGAGAUAUGUUGAUUAGGUUAAAUAUGUAGGGUGAGAGAAGGUUCUUGAGCAUAAACACUGGCCAGUUGUGUGCUGUAAACUGUGCAAUAUACACCCAGUGGCAUUGUGUUCACCCACUUGGCCUUUGCAAUUUAUUAACUCCUCUAUACCCCUUUGCUGCAUCUUCUGAAACAUCCCUCAGACCUACCUCUGGAGCACACUUUAAUCUGUUUCCCUUUUUGAUUCAGUCUGACCUCUUUUUGUGAAGUGAUUUGGAGCAUUGUUACAUUAUAGGCCUUAUAUAAAUGUAAGUUAUUGUCCUUACUCUUUUAUGCAGAAGUUUGUGCUAAAAUUUAAAUACAUCCAGCAAAGUCCAGCUUGGAUUUUGACCCACAUAUCUUCAUGGACUUUUCCCUUCAAAGCAAACCUGAGGCUGUACAAAGGGGAAAAUAGGAACACGUAGUUAUGUCAAGAAGCAAAAAGGUUUUUUCAAAUUUUAUGAAGUAUUUGGAUUUUUGUACAUAUGUAAUGUUAUCCUAGUUUGAGAAAAAAAGCUAUUAAAUCCUAAAAAAUGAAGUAUCGUAAAUAAAGAUAUAAGAAAGAA